UCACAGCAACUUGUUUACUGUUGAAAUUGUUCCCCAAAGUUGUUCUGUGUUAUUUUCUAAACAUUUAAUUAUGCUUUUUACUAAGCGAGAUACAAUUAAAUUUAUCGAGGAAGUUCGUAACAGAAGAUGUUUAUGGGACUUGAACUCUGCUGACUACAGUAAUCGUAAAAUCAAAAGAAAUAACAUUCUAGAAUUAGCAGCAGUAUUUGAUAUGGGCUACAAGGACGUGGAACGCAAAAUAAACAGUUUGAAAUCGCAAUUUUUUCGAGAACAUAGGAAGGUGGAGUCCUCAAAAUUAACUGGCAUGGGCGAAGUUUUUAGACCCAAGUGGUAUGGUUAUGAUCUGCUUCUGUUCCUCGUGGGUUUAGAACAACCAUAUGCCACGUUGAUAAAGAUUUUGACGGGAAAUAAUAGUACCUGUAUUGAUAAAAAGGAUUUCCCCACUAUUAGUAUCAGUGGGCCUACAGACAAUUUUAACCACUGCGAUCAAAUCAUACGCAUUGAUGAGGUGCAUCUUGAUAUGCCUGAGAUCGCCGAACAGCCACAAAAGCGAAAGGUAGUUGACACUACCGAGUCGGCCUCAGAGAACACCAUGUCCAAAAUGCGAAAACUAAACUAUGACAACAGCUUGAAUCAUGCUGAUGACCACCUCUCGUCUUUCGCCAAGUACAUUGAGGCUGAGCUCACGGAGAUCAAGAACAACAGACGACUUCUGCUGCUUAAAAAGAAAAUUCAGGACCUGAUUUUUGAGACUAAAUUAGAAGAAAUGUAACUUAAUUAAAACUGCGAAUUAUCAAAGGAAUUGCUCAACCGUCCAAUCAAAAAUACUUAAAUAAACGUUUUAAAAUUGCUGA